AUGGUAUGGGAGCGGUUGGUCAACGCGGUACAGAUUCUAUCCACCCGCCAGGUGAGCAAGGGUAAGGUGAUCACGCGAUCCGGGGCCAUGCGGGCACCGUGGGUGGAGGAAGAGGAGGAAGAGGAGGAGGAGGAGGAGGAGGAGGAGGAGGAGGAGGAGGAGGAGGAGGAGGAGGAGGAGGAGAAAGAGAGAGAUACCAUGUCGAUUGAUUCGUUGUCCGUGGACAGCAACGAACCCGAUUUUUUCAAUGAUAGGAGUGACGGGAUAGAGAAGACAAUGAAGAAGACGGCUAUAGAGAGAACGGUUGAUAUAGAUGCCAUAUUUGAUAUUAAACACCCCCUGGAGAAUAAGGAGGAAGCCAGCAAUAUCACCAUACCGCCAUUAAGCCCUGUAGAGCGGGCGUAUUUGGAUUUUUAUAUCAAAUUAUUGAAUCAAUACAUCACCCAAUAG